AUGGAGUACAAGCAACAACACCAUGCCAAGGUCACGCCGCGCCUCAUCAUCCAUGGCGGCGCCGGCAACAUUGCUGCCUCCAUGUCCCCGGAAAAAUACAACGGCUACAAAGAGGCUUUGCUGACCAUUAUCGCCAAAACAAACAAGUACAUGAACACCCCAAAGCCCAAAACCAGUGGCAGCACCUCAGAGUCGGGCAAGCUCCCCUCGGCACUAGACGUGGCCACUUUUGCCAUGGUCCAGCUCGAGAACAACCCCCUCUUCAACAGCGGCCACGGCGCCGUCUUCACCCGCGACGGCAUCAACGAGCUCGAGGCCAGCCUGAUGGUGACGCGCGGCCACGCCAAGCGUGCCGUCGGCGUCACCGGCCUCAAGCACGUCAAGAACCCAAUCCUGCUGGCAAGGGAGAUGCUCGAGCGCGGCGAGGACGACCUCUGGGGCAAGACGGAUCUUGGCUGGGCUGCUUCUGAUGCUGCACGCGUCACUAUGGAAAACGAAAAGGCAGGCCAGCCGGAAGCCGAGGAGGAGCUCAACAUCCCCUCCGCACAGGGCCACACGCUCAUCCACGGCCCAAGUGCCGAGCAGCUCGCCAGGAAGUACGGCCUCGAGCUCGUCGGGCCGGAGUACUUCUUCACGCAAAACAGGUGGGACGAGCACGUCCGAGCCCUCGAGCGCGAGAAGGAGCACAAGCAGAAGCAAGGCACGGCGGCAGCGGCGGCGUCAGAUGCUUCACAACCGGCAGUGUCCGCGACCUGGAGCCCAGACGAGUAUCUGCCCCAGGGCACCUGCGGCGCGGUGGCCAUGGACGAGACCGGCACCAUCUGCGUGGCUACCAGCACGGGCGGCAUGACCAACAAGCUCACCGGCCGCAUCGGGGACACACCUUCCGUGGGAGCCGGGUUCUGGGCCGAGGAAUGGGAAGACAGUUACAACCCCGACGACGACGCGAGCGCAUACGCAUCCUCCGCUCCGACGCCCGCCACCGCCCUGCUGCCCUCAAGCCCCGCGGACUGGUCCCUCAACACUCUCCGCCAAGCUCUGAGCCGACCGUCUGGCAUCACGGAGCUUUCAUCCAGCUUGCGCGGGGUCCUGGCCGAUUGCCUCCCCGGCAUCGCCGCCGGCCCAUCGUCAUCACAGCGGUACUCUCCCAUUCCCCUGUUGCGAGCCGAUAGUAAGCACCGCCUCGCCCCGACCACUGGUCCCGCGAUCCGCGCCACGGCGCUCUCCGGCACCGGCAACGGCGACUCGUUCCUGCGCAUCAACGCCGUGAGGACGGUCGCGUCCAUCGCGCGCUGGGGCAAGCUGCCCACACGGCUGGCGCUUGCGCAAGUCGCCGCUCCGGGCGGGGAGCUGCAGCGGUCCGCGCAGGACCGGUGGGGCAAGACGGGCGAGGGAGAGGGCGGGAUGAUUGGGAUUGAGUGCGUCAUUGUCGGCCGGGUCGUGAAGAGCGAGAUUGUGCAUGAUCACAACAGCACUGGCAUGUUUCGUGCUUGGAUCGACGACGAGGGCAAGGGUAACUUCCAGAUCUGGAGGGAUAAAGGGCCGGACACGCUAGAUCUUGAUCACUGGUGA